UCAUCCAACAUAACCAACCUUCUCUUACAUAUUCUCUUUGUGACUUGUAAAUCAUGACUUCUGUUAGCAUUCAGAUUGAGGUUUCAUCUACAUUUCCUGCCAACAAGGUUUUUAAGGUGUUUAGUGAUUUUGAUAAUAUUGCACCCAAAGUGAAUCAUACAGUUUUCAAGUCUAUCGAGACAGUCGAAGGCAAUGGAGGUGUCGGAACCAUAACGAUCUUCACAUUUGGAGAUGCUGUUCCAUUCACAAGUGGAAAAUACAAGGUUGAUGCUAUUGAUACGAGCAACUUUAGCUACAACUACUCAUUUUUCGAAGGUGAUUGCUUGAUGGGAAUAUUAGACUCCAUCAAUCAUCAUAUUAAGGUYGUACCUACCGAUGGAGGAAGCAUAUUCAAGCAAACCGUUAUUUACAACUGCAAAGGUAGUGAUAAGCCAUCUGAAGAUAUUCUUAAGGCUGAAAAAGAAAUAUAUGAGAAAACGUACAAAGCUAUUGAGGCUCAUGGUGCUGCCCAUCCCGAUACUUAUUGAUUUAUUUUCAUCAACAUGUUUUUGAUUCCGUUUAUAUUAUGGUUUGAAAUAAUGGAUAAAGAUCCAAUUAUAUAAACGUUGUAYCAUGUUCUCAUUUGAUAUGGUAAAAAUAAUAAUUUUCUAUAAUUUAUGA